GGCAGUCACUAAGUGGCCGGCGUGUGGUGCGGUACGGUGCUGUGGAGUGGUGAGGCGUGGCGUGUACACUGAGCGAUGAGCAACUGCAACACGGGUGCGGGCGCCGCCAUCCUGUCAGCCCGCGCUGCCGCAGAAACAACACCUCUGCUCCGACCAGACAGACAUGCUGAUGAUGGUGAUGAUGCCAGUGGAGAUAAUCAGAGUUCCAUUAACUGGAGACGUCACCUGAAGAUAAGAUGCACCAACUCAGCACAAAUUUUCAACAUUAUUGCUCUGAGCAUUAUACUCUUUGGUGGUGUUAUUGUAUCAGUCUGGCUGUAUAUUGACAGACCUGGUAACACGCAGUCCUGUGAUGAAAGAUGUAUGUUACAUUUAACCACACGUCAGGACUGGGGUGCUGAGCCACCCAGAAAAAACAUUUCUCGAGGGGCACGACCAGCAGUAUACGUCAUCAUCUCACACACUGUAACUUCCCCAUGUAAUUCAUCUGUAGCAUGCAAGUCUGAACUCAAGGCCAUGCAGUUAAAUAACUUCAAAAGAAAUUUUACUGACAUCAAGUACAGCUUUCUUGUUGGAGGAGAUGGGUUCACUUAUGAAGGUCGUGGCUUCGAAGCUGAGAAUGCCAUUGCACCACAUUUUGAUCCCACGUCUCUGGGAAUUGCCUUUAUUGGAAAUUUUGAGUCUGUUACUCCACCAGAAGAGCAGCUAAAUCAGGCAAAAUCAUUGAUACAAGAAGCUCUUUACCAACAAAAGCUUUCACAUGAUUACAAACUGGUGGCCCACCGACAAGUCGCUCACACAGAGAGUCCUGGAUUUGCGUUAUUCAGUAUUAUCAAAACCUGGAAACACUGGGAAAAUUGUUACAUGGAGAGCUGUUGAUGUUGCAUUUUAAGAUAAUGUCUAUGGCUAGCAUGAAUUCGUUAAUGAAUCAUUUUAGGCACACAGUUGUGUUUAUUAAUAUUCAUUAAUUCAUUUAUUUUAUUUAUUUAUUUAUUUACUUAUUUCAUAGACAAGUGGUCACUGUCCACAAGUGUCUUUUAAAUCAUAUCUCACAUGGUUGUUAACUUUUGUUUUCUAAUUAAAAGGAAAAAAGCAUGAAUUUGUAUUUUAUGAAUCAGUGUUCUGAUAGAACUUCCCUCAGAACAAUUUUGUGAUUUUGGUACAGUAAUUCUAAAUACAGCCAAAACCUGAUAUAAACUUGGAUCUUAAGCAAGACCUACAGGAAUUACCUCAAGACAAAAUAUAUGGCCAAGCCUCAUAACAGCACCACGUACUGUAAUUAUUAUGCAGCAUUAGAUGUAAGUAUGCCUGUAACCAACUGUCUACCAUCAACUGUCACCACCAAACUGUGUCUAACCACAAACUCAACUACCUACUGGCAGAACAUAGUGCACACGGUGACACCAAUUACUUCAGCAUUUGUUCCCAUACCCAUGCAAUUCGGAUCUUCUCAAGCAUGAUCUCAUCUGAAGUGCACAGGUGGGACUGUUCCUCUAGCACAUUUUCCAUUCCUGCAAUCCCCGUCCUUCCCCCAGUCCUAAAUCCCUAACAGUUGUCAUUUUCAGUUGAGCAAAUACUUGAUAAUGAUGUGCUCUGUUACAUGUGUGUCUGCCACCUAUCAGUCAUCUGUAGAUGAGAGGCUGCAUUUACACAUUUCAUGUAUUAGAAUAAAAUAAUUUAUUAUUUUAUUUGUAAUAAAACAGUUGUGAGAGUCUGUGACUAAAAACAAUAUUGCUGCCAGUCAUAAUUUUUAACAAUAUCUUGAGAUGUUUGGGUUAUAAUUCUCAUUCUCAAGCACUUUUUCCCUUUUACAAAACUUUAUGAAAUUUGCUGUGCUUGAGCUAUUGCACUGUUCUGAAAGCUCCACUGUAAUACAAAUGCAUGCUGCACAAAGUCUUGGCAUCGUGGAGAUUCGAUUUUGUAGUGUUUUUGCAGUAUUGCAGUCUAAAAGGUCUGUAAAUUAUUCCAUAGAGCUUCAACAUUACAUGACGUCCGUUUUCUGACCUUUGUGUCAAAUUAAUCCCAUAAGAGUUCAAUGGAAUUUAAGUCAGAUGACUGACUUGACCAAAUCACAUUCUUCAGUUCCCUGCAUUCCUCUUUUCUAUUGACACAAUUUAGAAGCAUAUUUGGCAUCAUUGCCCUGCUUCAGAACAAACCCACAACCUGUAAGUCUCCUGCCAGAUGGAACUGCACUGUUGAUCAGUAUUCUG